AUGUGCAUGCGCAAACUGAAGUGCGUGCGACGGACGAGGGACGACUCGGUUUUAAUGCAAACGGCAAACUGCGUUCACUCUCCAAAUCUCCUCUACGAUAAGUGGCGGUGACCAGUUAAACCAGCUCGUAUCAGGGCUUAGCCUUGGACUUGGCCCUCCGUUCCUCUGCACAACACAUCGCACCCAAAUACUCCUCAUUGAGGUUGCAGAGGUGCACAUUCUGAUGCUGUCUCCUGCCGCUGGACCCAUACUAGCUCAUGGACAGAACCGUGACAUGUGCGAGUCUGUACCAGGAACAGGAUGUCUAAAUGUGAGCUGAUUGAGCUGAAGGACCUCAGUGUAAAUGAUCCCAUUGAGCUGGCUGCUCCCGCGGCCCGCACAGCCCCGCCACCUGUUACCCAACCGGGUCAACCAGGCCAGUACCAUGUCGUCCGUCUGGUUGGAGACAGCGUCAGGAUCGAGGCCCGGACAGGAGAGGCUGCAGUGGGACAUGACUUCCAGCCAUACAGUUACACCCAUCUCACCUGGUGUGACCUGUGUGGAGAAUUCAUCUGGGGUCUUUAUAAGCAAAGUGUACGCUGCGCCAACUGUAGUUACACUUGUCACUACCGCUGUCGACCAUUCAUCCAGCUGGACUGCAGCACAGAUGUGUUAGCAGAUGAAGAAGAUUUCUCUGGCGACUCCAUUGAGACAGACACAAAUGUGGAUGAACAGAUCGAUGUGGGUAAACAGCAGCUGAGUGUUGGUGAGAUUCAGCAGAAGGUUAAGGAGUAUAAUGCACAGAUCAACAGCAAUCUCUACAUGGUGGUGAAUAAAGACGGGUCUUACACUGGAUUCAUCAAGGUCCACUUUCAGUUAGUCCGUCCCAUCUCCCUCCCUCCCCCUCAGAGCCCAUGUUCCACAGAGGAGGUAGAUCAGCGGGGCAGACUAAUGAAACGGCGAACAUCUUUCUACCUCCCCAAAGAUGCUGCCAAACAUCUGCAUAUAAGCUCACAAACACGAGUACGAGAAGUCAUCGAGGCGUUGCUCAACAAGUUCACCGUGGUGGACAACCCGGCCAAGUUUGCCCUGUUUGAACGCACUGAGAAACAAAGUCAAGUGUCCAUGCGUAAACUGGCUGAUGAAGAGCGCCCCCUCUACCUGCGCCUGUGUGCUGGUCCCAGUGAAAAAGUCCUGAGUCUGGUUUUGAAGGAGAACGAGACAGGGGAAGUAAAUUGGGAUGCAUUUAGUUUUCCUGAGUUGUGCAACUUUCUGCGAAUCCUGAAGCGUGAGGAAGAAGAGCAUGUGCGGCAGAUCGUGAGGCGCUACACUGUUGCAAGAGACACAAUGAAGCAGGCUAUGGCAAGGAUUAAUACUCCUGGUUGAUGUUGAGUGAUUCAACUGAUCUCCAUAUCUAAACAUGAAGAAGAACUUUCUGCCACUUAAGACUGUUGUUUAGAAAAGUAAAAGGGAAGGAAAAAGCUCAGGCAAUGACAUUUACAAGGCUUAGGCCUUGCUGAAUAUGUGCAGGCAGAGCCACUGUUGUGAACUGCAAGGAGAUAAUAUAUUGUCUAGGACUUAAUUGGAUGCAAUUCUUUCUUGGAAAAACAUGCUGCUUGACUGGAUUAUUUAUAGUGGUAUUAAAAACACAGUUUUAGUCUUUCUGGUCAUUUAUCAUGUGACAUUUAGUUUCAUUUAUUUUCCGUGAAGCUGUUUUUAAAUUUUGGCACUUUAAUGAACCUGUGAAAUGCAUUUGGGUGAGUCAAAAUGUGAAACAAUGUGUUUAUAUUCUAACUAUCUAAUAAAUUUAUGAUAAUAAA